AGUAAGUGCAAGACCAUGUUGAAGUUGUUCUCCGCACGGGACGACGACAACGAGAGCCUCCUGGGAGGCAGCACAGAAGAUGAUGGAGAAAACCAAUCCCUCGGUGACACCGAGCUGCCCUGGCUGAGCAGAUCCUAUCUCCUGGUGCUCAAAGAUGCAGGAAAUAUGUCCAAAUCAGGGCAAAUCAGACCAGAAGCCCCUUCUUCCAAGUCCUCCUCGGAUGAAACCGUGACACCAAGCGAAGAAAAACCUUCUGCGAAGAUGCUCCACAUGGAGGAAGGUGGCUGCAUGGUGACCCCGUGGGGCGAAGGCCAGGGUGAGGGUCCUCCCGGUCCACUGGUUCUGAGUCUGGCAGAGGAUGAGAGGAAGCUCAAGACGUUGCCCUCCAAGGAGGAAUCGGUGAUCGAGGAGAAGGAGAUGGAGGAACCCGAAGACCUCCAGAAUCAACCCUUAGAGAUUGUGUCCAAUGGCAGGGAGGCAGGAAAAGCCUCCGCAUGCUCUCCUGUCGAUCCCGAUAACGAGUCCAGCCCGGUUGGCAUCCUGACCAAAGAUCGAGCCAACGCCUUGGGGGAGGUCGCUCCGGUCUGGAUCCCGGACACCGAGGCUCACGUGUGCAUGAAGUGCGGCGUCAAGUUCACGUUUACCAAGCGGAGGCACCACUGUCGCGCCUGCGGCAAGGUGUUUUGUGCACUUUGCUCCGGCCUGAAGUUCAGACUUACACAUCUGGACGGCAAGGAGGGGCGGGUUUGUGUUUCCUGUCAUUCAACCCUCAUUAAAAGCACAUCACCGAGGGGGAAAAGGAGGGUGUGGUUUGCAGACGAGCUCCUCAUCGACAAGCAGUCCGAGUCCGCUCCCACUACGCCGGUCCGAGGGCACGCGUUCUCGCCGUUGGUGAGCCGCGCGCCGCAGAGCGAGACGGCCAAAGGUCCGGGAGGGUCGCCGCAGCGCAGUAGAGCCUCCAGGCCACAUGGGGGCGCUAAUGAGGCGUGUGCGCCUCGAAGCUGGCGAACGUCCACCCUCGUGAGCAGCUCAUCGAACCUCAUCCCGCAGGAAGGCCUGCCGCCUAUCCUCACCUCCACAGGAGUCAAGGGAGAUUACACCGUGGAGGAGCAGCCCUCGGAGACGCUACUCAUCCAGGAGCUGGAGAGCGGCCGCUCCAACUCUCUGGUUUUCGUCCUCAAUGCCAAUUUGCUCGCCAUGGUCAAGAUGGUCAACUAUGUUAACAGGAAGUGUUGGUGCGUGACCACCAAAGGGAUGCACGCCGUGGGCCAGGUGGAGGUGAUGGUGCUCUUGCAGUGUCUGCCCGAGGAGAAGAGCUUCCCCAGGGACAUCUUCAGCCACUUCGUCCAGCUGUACAGGGACAGCCUCACAGGGAAGGCGAUAAAGCACCUGUCACUGUCGCUGUUCGGCAGCCGCUUCCUGGGCAGCGACGAGCACGCGGGCUUCUUGUUUGUCCGUCCCACCCGUCAGUCCCUUCAGGGUCUGCCCCUGCCCAGCCAGCCGUACCUCUUCGGCCUGCUGCUCCACAGGGCCGAGGUGGUCUGGGCCAGGACGUUCCCCCUGCGCCUCAUGCUGCGCCUGGGUGCCGAGUAUCGAUUUUACCCCUGUCCUCUGUACAGCGUGCGCUUUCGGAAGCCUUUGUUCAGGGACAUAGGCCACACAGUCAUGAGGCUUCUAGUGGACUUUAGGAAUUUCCGCUAUAGUCUCCCAAUGGUGCCCGGGCUCACGGUGGACCUGGAGGCUCGGAGGACCUGCAUAAAGAUACCAACUACUGGGUAUAACGAGCUGAUGAAGGCCAUGAACAAGUGUAACGAGCACGUCCUGGCCGUGGGGGCGUGUUUCAACGAGGAGGCUGACUCUCAUCUCAUCUGCGUGCAAAGAGACGACGGCCAGUACCAGACGCAAGCCAUCAGCAUCCACAACCAGCCGCGCACAGUGACUGGAUCAUGUUUUUUCAUAUUCAGCAGUGCACUGAAAGCAACUGCGGGUUACUUUGCCAAGUCCAGCAUCCUAGAAGAUGGACUAAUGGUGCAGAUUACCCCGGAGACCAUGGCAGAGCUGCGCAGGUCGCUCCGGGAGAUGAAGGACUACGCCGUCACCUGUGGCCGCGUGGACCAAACAGACAGUCAGGAGCUCGUUUGUGUGCAGUGGGUGGAGGCCAACUGCGCCCUCAAUAAAGGGGUUAUAAGCCCAAUUGAUGGUAAAUCCAUGGAGUCCAUCAGCAGUACAAAGAUGUUCCAGAAAUCUGAAUACAAAGAAAAUGGGAAGAUUAUCCACUGGACAGAAGUGUUCUACCUGCAGCGGGCCGAGCCUCCGAAAGGAAUAGCGGCCAACGUACCAGAACACAACCGGCUCACGGAACGCAUCGCCAGGGCCUUUUGCUUGGCCCUGUGUCCGUAUCUCAAACUACUCAAGGAGGACGGCAUGGCCAAGUUGGGCCUGCGUGUUACCUUUGACCCCCAGCAGGUGGGCUUCGUGGCUGGCAGCAACGGCCAUCCCCUCCCACCUCAGUACCUGAACGCCCUGGACAACACGCUCAUCCCCGUCAUCCACAGCAGGGGGCGCAAGAGAGGCGACGAGCCCAUCGUGAUGGAGCUCAUCUUUUACAUCCUGGAGUACAUCACUUAGAAGUACCACAAAACGCAAAACUAAUCGCAUCUUGACGACCCCCCCCCCCGAAACUUUUACUUUAACUUUAACAUAGAGGCUGGAUUCAGCCCCCGCUAGUUUAAAUCAAAGAGAAUGACUUAGUGAGUAGUGGAUGCACAUGGAAUGAAUGCCUGAAAGAUGGAAGAAUGUUCUUGAAUUUAAUAAUGUCAACCUGGAAUUAAACUUUGC